AUGGAGUACGUCGAGCAUCGAGUGGUCCAAGAGGCUGCCAGAGAAGCCGCUAGUUCCGACACGCCUUUCACUCCGCUCAACUUCAUCCUUCUCGGCGUCCUCUUGUACACGGCCUACUCGACCUUUUCCGCGUCCGACACCGCGCCAACUAUCCCUCGCCGUCCGCCACCCAAGGUCUUCCGCACGUAUACCCCCCGGACUUUGCUCCCGUUCAGCGGGGAGGACGGAGGCCCCAUCUACUUCGCAGUCCGCGGCCGAGUGUUCGACGUCAGCAAUGGGCGCAGCUUCUACGGACCAGGAGGGCCGUACGCCAAUUUCGCGGGACGCGAUGCCAGCCGAGGUCUUGCGUGCCACAGUUUCGAUGCCGACAUGCUGACCGAGGACCUGGAUGGUCCGCUUGAUGCGCUUGACGACUUGGGGCCCAGCGAGAUGGAAGCCCUGGAGGGAUGGGAGGAGACCUUUUUGGGCAAGUAUGACCUCGUGGGCAAGUUGGUGUCUGUGGCAGAUUAUUCCGCUGCAAAAGGUGCCGAGGGUGCCGAGGGUGCGCAGUAG